AUGAUGCCCACUCGGUUCGCCCGCGCCGGCCUCCGUGCCACCCAGCAGUUCUCCGUUCCUCGCACUGCCGCUGUCAACGGUCUGAGGACCUACGCUACCCCGGCCCAGGAGGUCAAGCCUCCUGUGUCUCUGUACGGUGUUGACGGUACCUAUGCUACUGCUCUGUUCACUGCCUCCGCCAAGUCCGCCAACCUUGACCAGACCUUCAAGGCCCUCUCCGUUCUCGGCGAGACCCUCAAGGCCGACCGCAAGUUGACCGGUCUCAUCUCCGCUCCCACCCUGACUGCUUCCGACAAGUCCCAGAUCGUCCAGGAGCUCCAGAAGCUUACCGGCGACAAGGGUGACAUUGUCAAGAACUUCCUCGAGACCCUCGCUGAGAACAACCGUCUGGGUCUGUUGGAGGGUGUCUGCGAGAAGUUUGCGACUCUGAUGGGUGCUCACCGUGGUGAGAUCGACCUCAACAUCACCAGCGCUCAGGAGCUUGACAAGAAGAGCAUCAACCGUAUCGAGAAGGCCGUCUCUGGAUCCCAGAUCAGCCAGGGCAAGAAGCUCAAGGUUGUCACCAAGGUCAACCCUGACCUCGUUGGUGGACUUGUUGUCGAGAUCGGUGACCGCACCAUCGACCUCAGCGUCUCCUCCAAGAUCGCCAAGCUCAACAAGGCCCUCACCGAUGCCCUGUAA